AUGGACGACACCGAGCGACGUUCCGCCAAGCGCUCGCGCUUCGACCAGACCGAACCUGAGCCGCGCAAGGCUUCGAGAUUCGAUCGUCGUUCCCGAUCUCCUCCCGCAAAGCGCCCGGAAUCUGGCAGAGAUCGCAGCCCGAAUGCGAAUGACCCUGCGACGGAGCCCAAAAAGUCGCCCGUGGACGCCGCAGCCGCGGCCGCUGCUGCCGCUGCGCGCAUCAACGCGCAACUCCAAGCGAAGAAGGGCAUCCAACACGUCGAUGUCCCCCCGAUCAAGACCGCGACUCCCGAAAUCAAAACAGAGGAUGGAUCACCGGACCCGGCCAACACGAUCAAUGGCGAGAUGUACAUUGCCGACGGAGACUACAUCAAGGACAUCGAAGUCAACGACCUCCGCAACAGAUACCUCCUGACCAAGGGGUCGACUCAGAAGAUGAAUCCCCCCUUGUACCUUCACGUGACGAGUACAUCAAAGACGGGUCUCGAGCAAGCUGUGGCCAAGAUUGAGGAACUCAUGAAACAGGAACUCCCGGCGUUGGUCGACGAGCGCCGUUUUCGUCGUCGUGACCAAGAGCAGGUCGAGAGAGAUGAAUACGGUCGUCGCAAAUGGCCCGAGGAGAAGAUCCCCAUUGGCUUGGAGUCGGUCCCCGGAUUCAACCUGCGUGCUCAGGUUGUUGGACACGGCGGUGCUUAUGUCAAGCAUAUCCAGCAGGAAACCCAGUGCCGUGUGCAAAUCAAGGGCCGCGGUUCUGGAUACUUGGAGGCUGCCACUAACCGUGAGAGCGACGAGGACAUGUAUCUGCAUGUGGCUGGACCUGAUCCGAAAAUGGUCGAGAAGGCCAAGGAGCUCUGCGAAGACUUGAUCGCCAACGUCAAGGAUCAGUACGAGGAGUUCAAGAGCAGGCCUCCCCGUGGAUACGGCGAUCGCGGCGGCUAUGGAGAUCGCGGCGGCGGCUAUGGCGACCGUUCGCGGAACCACGAUGGUGGACACGGCGGACAUGGCGGCGGCUACCAGGGCUAUGGCGGCGGCGGCUACAACUCUGGACACGGAGGACACGGCGGCCAUGGUAGUCACGGCGCUGGACAGUCAGCCAGCCCAGCUCCUGGCGGCUCUAACAGCCCUGCCGCUGGAGCCGACUAUGCUGCUCAGUAUGCCCAAUACUACGGUGGACAGGACCCCUAUGCUGCUUAUGGUGGUUACGCCGCGUACGUCCAGAUGUACCAGCAAUACUACGCCGCUGCGCAACAGCAAGCGCAAGGUUCACCCGCGCCUCCUGGAGCCUCGCCGCCUCCGCCCCCUAGCGAGGCUGCUCCCCCCCCACCUCCUCCGCCAAGCUCUGCUCCUCCGCCCCCUCCUCCGUCGGGCUCUCCCCCGGGAACCGGAGGCUAUGGUGCAGGCCCGGUUGUGUCCUACUGA